UGACUGCUUGUGACGGUUUACAACAGAGAAAGAACACUUGUCAAAAUGCUUGAAAAUGCAGUAUUCUUUGACAUCAAGGAAUGAUGUUUAGGGCAUGGAGUCCCAUUUACUGAAAACAGUGAGAAAAGAAAAAUUGUCUCUUCCUUUCCUUCAUUCGAAUGUUUGAAUUCGUCAUUUUUUUUCCACUGAAGCCUGCAUUAGCGAAAGUUUACCCAGAUAUCGGCAGCGCUUACUUUAACGGGCAUCUUACCGCAAUCCAAAAUGGCUACCACCUAUCGCUGAGACUGGUGGAUUGUCUCCUGGGUCCGUACACAGCAGAUGACAUCAGAGCCUCACCAAGCCAUGAAACUGUGGCAAAAGUCCCUGGUGCUCAUGCUGGCACUAUUCAUCUACCUCUUGCUCGGGGCGGUGGUAUUCCGAUUCCUGGAGUUGGGAGCCAACGAAGAGGCCCAGCUCGUUUUCUUGGGGGAGGUGGAGGAUUUCUUGGAGAACCACACCUGCGUCUCUGCGGACGACCUCCGGGAACUCUUCCAGGCGGUGGAGACGGCUCUACUCAGUGGGGCCUUCAAGUUGGACAGCGACCCAACCAACGAUAGGGACUUGGUUGUCUGGGACAUGCCUGGUGCUGUGUUCUUCACAACCACUGUAGUGACCACUAUCGGUUACGGUAAUUUGGCACCAAAGACCUCCAUCGGGCGGGUUGUUUGCAUGUUCUACGCACUGGUGGGCAUCCCGCUGACGUAUUGGCUUCUCUCCGCGGUAGGUGAUACGUUUCAGGGAUGUUGGCGACCCUGCCACGGUCUGAUUCGACGGUGCACCAAGCACGUCAAGGCCGGUAACGCCCGGACCGUGGUCGAGGUUGUCAUCAUCUGCAUCUGUCUGUAUGUCCUCAUUGUGGCCUUACCGGGAAUUGCCUUCGCCUACCUGGAGCACUGGAACUUCUUCCAGUCUCACUAUUUCUGCUUCAUCUCCCUGAGCACCAUAGGCUUCGGGGAUUUCGUGCCGGCCGAGAACCCGGCUCUGACCCCUCUCUCCAGGUGGGUGUAUAAGCUGGGUACCUCGGCCUAUCUCAUCAUAGGGCUCAGCAUUCUAUCUGUGGCCAUCAAAGGCUUCAUGGCCUCACAGCAGACCAAAAUUAACAAGUGGAAGGCGAAGACUGCGGCCAAGAGACUGGUGCAGUUACACCAGCAACAACACCAGCCGCAUCAGCAGCAAGAGGAACACCAGCUAGCUACUGAGCAUGCUCAGGAGUGCAACGGUAAACAUGCGACAAUCAAACUGAAUAACCCGUGCACGAGCGGAUAAUAUUCAUCAGAGAACAUUGUUUUUUUAAUUAAAUUAAUUUACCAAAGACUAUAUUUGGGAUAACAUAAAAGGGAUUCUCAUAUUUACGCGUGAUAUACAAUUGUUAUGUAGGUUAGUGUUUCUACACCAAGCACUAGAAUGUAUUACAAUGAAUUCUAAAGAUGGUUUUAAAAGUGAGAAGAACCGUCAGAAUUUGAUUAAUUUUGCUAACAAGAAUGAAGUAUUAUUGGACCUCUUUGUACGUCACACAAAAAUCUAAAAGACUGGAAGCAAAUUUCCUUACCUCCACAAAACAUUGCCACUGUUUUUCAGUUUUGUCUGGACAUUUCAGGAGUGGUAUAGCGAUAGUUAAGAUUGAGCUUUGGAGGUCAAAGUUCAUAUCCGCUUUAGUCAAUGCUUUUGUUCGUUUUUAUAUUAAUAAUUGAUUUUAAAUUGUUAACUGUCUUAAGAGUUUUCUUUUUUUGUUCGACAUAAUAAUUGUGAGUUAAUGAGCAAACUUUUUUUUAGUAUGUUAUACAUUUGGUUUAACUGUGUAUACAGAAAACUACACAAUUGCGCGUGAAUCAUAAUUAUUAACGUGAAGUGAGUCGGGAGUUAGCGCCCUCAGGUGCCUGUAACGGAGGUAAUUUAACAUGCCGAAAAUGGGACUUCGUAAUAAUUUAAACAAUGAACUGCUUUUAAUUUUCACUGAAAUCAGAGGAGUUGAUGUUUGCACAGAAUGCAUUCCUUUGUAAAAAAAAAGAAAAAUGUGUACAGUCGGGUCGGUUUGUAUCCGUCAGUUUGUUUAAACACGCCUGGAUUCCGUUAGUUGUCAGAUCGCAGAUCUUGCUCAGCAAGAGCUGCUUUAAAGAAACCUUAGAGGCAGACAGUUCAGACACUUCACGCAGAGCAAUAUCUUGCUGCCUAAAACCAACCAGGGUAAUGACAUGGACCUGCUCUGCAGCAAUAUCCCUCCCUCAGUACUGGAGACUCAUUUCGUCACUAACAGGAACUUAAUGAGAAUGACCCCCCCUGCACCGCUGUUUUAACACAAACCUCCAACAGGAGGUUGGAAUCCACAACCUGUCCCUAUGUUUGGUCACACCCCUCGAGGGCUGCGGCAGUAGAUGUACGGGUAGAGCCAGGCAUGGUCAUUCCAUCUUCAAACCAGAAACUACAAACUAGCACUUGCUUCUGAAACUGUCUCAUUUUAUCCAUCUCAAUGUGCACGACGCAGAGUCCUCGCGCAUGAAUGCGGCUAGGCUAUACAGUACAGCAGAGAUCACAUAUAGCAGUCUGCAACCCCAGAGCAUUACAGUAAACCACGGAACUGAAAUGGUCCUUGCUGUCUAGGGCGUGAAGUAACCUCAAGAAUGAAGAGUUAGUUUUCAUUCAGCGAGCUUGGUCAUUCGUUCAUCAGUGCUAAAGACUGGUGUGGCGAAGUUCAGACAUUCUCGCUGAUGUGGACUGAGCAUGCAGACCAGUGGAAAAUAAUGAACGAAUUAUUACCAGAGACCCAAGGCCUGGGCGUUGUGGCUCUUGGUGUUUCAUAGUACGUUCCUGAUUUUUCACAGUAGAAUAUGUACAUAGCUCUCCUCUUUUGAGUAGAUUCAGUCUUCAUUUGACGGGGUGAUAUAUGGCAGUGACCUGCGGAGUCCAGCGGCACGUUUGUAACCAAGCUCCGUUGCAGUGACGCUGCACCGCAGGAAAACAGACAAUACGAAUUUUUGAAAGUUCAUACAAGUUUUUUAUUUAAGUUGUUUAAUAUCAUUUAAGAACUGGUGUUAUUUGUACAAGACUUAUAUUUGUUGAAGAACGGCAUAGAGGAUUGCACGUUGCAAAAUCAAUUUUAAAAGUACAUAUUGUACUCAAAACAAUAAACUACUCAUUUUGUAAGAUACAAGGGGGUCAUUGCACUGGGGGCUUUUUAUACUUGUCACUGAAUUUAUCAUUCGCACUACAAAAACCUGGUAUAAUUGUUGCAUACUUUUCUAAACGCUGUAUUGAUAUCAGUUUGCAAACAUGUGUACAAAGUUGAAGGAGCAGUGGCCAAUAUGACAUUUUAACAGUUAAUUAAACAAAGUAACAUUACACCUUUUUAUCACUAAAGCGGAGAGAUUAAUAACAGAGCAGGAAGUCGUUUAUCCUAAUCAUGAUGCUCACAGCUAAAGAUCGACGUCUCGUCAUUUUGGUUCUGAAAAAAAAACCUUUCAG